AUGGAUGUCGAGAAAACACCUUCCGAUAUCAAAGACCAACCGAUUGAUAUGGAUGAUCCCCAUGCAGCAGUGGCUGCUCAAGAAGGGGUGUACUCUGAUCCCCCCAAGGGCUAUCGUAUUCUCGGAAUGACCAUUCCUGCCUACCGGUCUCCUAUUGUGCAAUGUCUGAUUAUAUCGUGUGUUCACCUUUUGGUGGUGGGGAUGUUCAAUGUUCUUUCAGCUCUUGGCGGUGGUGGCCAGGUCGAUCCGACGACUAGCAACAAUGCCAACACUAUCCUGUACAGUUUGUUCUGUGUUUUCUCACUUACAGCUGGAUCAGUCGUCAACUUCCUUGGACCCAAAAUCACCCUUGCUGCAGGAGGCAUCGGUUACUCACUCUUAUCAGCAUCUUAUUGGAGCUACAAUGACAACGGGAACCAGGGAUUUGUGUACUUUGGUGGUGCAAUGUGCGGUAUUGCUGCCGCUUUCCUCUGGACGGCAGAAGGAUCUCUAAUCAUGUCUCUCCCGAUGGAGAAAGACAAGGGAAAAUACAUCAGUCUCUUUUACGGUCUAUCCUUUUUUGGCACUGUCAUCGGGGCAAUCAUACCUACUGUGGAAAACUGGGGAGUUACGACUGCUGGUAGCGCCAACAACGCUACAUACAUCGCCCUCUUUAUUCUCAUGGUCCUAGGCAGUGUGGUGGCCUGUUGUAUUUCCAACCCAUCACGCGUCAUCCGAAACGAUGGAACACGUGUUUUUAUUCCUCGGAAUACCACGUUCGUUCAGGAAUUGAAGAAUGUCGUACUUGCAAUCAAGCGUGAGCCAUGGAUUAUCCUAUUCUUUCCAUACAGCUUUGCCGGUUUAUGGUAUAUUCCAUACCAGAGCAACGAUUUCAACGGCUACUUUUUCAAUCUCCGCACACGCGCCUUUGGAUCUUUGUGGUUUGAUUUUGGCCAAUUCGUCAUGGCAGUCAUUAUGGGCAUGCUUCUAGAUUUAAAGGCAAUCGGUGGACGACGCCGACGAGCCUUUGUCUGUUGGGGAGUACUCUUUGUCUUAUUGAAUGCUGUCUUUAUUGGAGGAGUAUUUCCAGCCCGCAUAUCGCAUCGCGGUGUCACACCCCCAGGCGGUCUUAUCGAUCUAACCGAUACAUCGAGGGCGGGUGGAUAUAUUACGCUGUUUGUCUUUUAUGGUUGUGUGGAUGGUGCCUGGCAAACAUUUGCGUGGUGGAUAGCUGGCACUCUUUCCAACGACCCUCUUGUCCUAUCGAUAUAUUCGUCCUUUUACAAAGUCUUUGGUGCUAUGGGUGCUGCUAUUGUGUUCAGUCUCGAUGUGCACGGAGUCAGCUACCAAGGAAUGUUUGGCAGUUACUGGGGCUUGUUGGCUGGUUCGAUGCUGUUUGUGCUUGUCCUCAUCUAUAAGCGAGUUCAAGACACAUCUAUGGUAGUGACUGAGGCGGUGCCGCAUGAAAAGGUGGUAGAAGAAGCACCGGAUGCCGUGGAGGCUAAGUGA